CGGGAGCUCCCGCCCGCCCCGGCGCAGCAGCCAGCUCGGCGCUGGCUGGCGGCGGCAGGCAGCUAGCCAUGGUGGGGCUCAAGGAGGAGCUGCUCAAGGCCAUCUGGCACGCCUUCACCGCGCUCGACCUGGACCGCAGCGGCAAGGUCUCCAAGUCCCAGCUCAAGGUCCUUUCUCACAACUUGUGCACGGUGCUCAAUGUUCCCCAUGACCCAGUGGCCUUGGAAGAGCAUUUUAGAGAUGACGAUGAAGGACCUGUUUCCAAUCAAGGUUACAUGCCUUAUUUAAACAAAUUCAUCUUGGAAAAGGUUCAAGGAAACUUUGACAAAGUUGAGUUCAACAGGAUGUGCUGGACUUUGUGUGCCAGAAAGAACCCUGCUAAAAGUCCUUUAGUUAUUAGUGAGGAUGAGGCAUUUAAAGUGUGGGUUAUCUUCAAUUUUUUAUCUGAGGACAAAUAUCCAUUAAUCAUUGUGCCUGAAGAGAUUGAAUACUUGCUUAAAAAACUCACUGAAGCAAUGGGGGCAGGUUGGCAGCAAGAGCAGUUUGACCAUUACAAGAUCAGUCUCAACACCAGUCAAGAAGGUCUUUCUGUAUGGGAACUGAUUGAUCUUAUUGGAAGUGGACAGUUCAGCAAAGGGAUGGACAAACAGACAGUAUCAAUGGCAAUUAACGAGGUCUUUAAUGAGCUUAUAUUAGAUGUAUUGAAACAGGGCUAUAUGUUGAAAAAAGGCCACAGAAGGAAAAAUUGGACAGAGCGUUGGUUUGUACUAAAACCCAAUAUUAUUUCAUAUUAUAUGAGUGAAGAUUUAAAAGACAAGAAGGGAGACAUCAUAUUGGACGACAAUUGUUGUGUAGAGUCCUUGCCUGACAAAGAUGGAAAGAAAUGCCUGUUUCUUAUAAAAUGUUUAGACAAAACUUUUGAAAUCAGUGCUUCUGACAAAAAGAAGAAGCAGGAGUGGAUUCAGGCCAUUCAGACCACUGUAAACCUGCUGAGGGUGGGGAGCCCUCCACCUCACAAAGAAGCACGGCAGAAGCGGAAAGAGUUGCGUGAGAAACUUCUGGCUGAGCAAGAGGAAUUGGAGCGGCAAAUGAAAGAACUCCAAAUCGCCAAUGAAAACAAACAGCAGGAGCUGGAGAGAGUGAGAAAGCAACUUGAAGAAGCAGCUGCUCGGGCUGCAGAAGAGGAGAAGAAACGUCUUCAGACUCAAAUGGAAUUGCAGGACCGAUUCAGUUCAGAACUUGAGCGAGAGAAAAUGGUAAGACAGCAAAUGGAAGAGAAGGUUGCUCAGAAAUCAUCUGAACUGGAACAGUAUUUGCAGAGAGUGCGUGAACUGGAAGAAAUGUAUAAACAGCUACAGGAAGCAUUGGAAGAUGAGAAACAGGCACGUCAAGAUGAAGAGACUGUAAGGAAGCUUCAAGCCAGGUUAUUGGAGGAAGAGUCAAGAAAAAGAGCUGAACUGGAAAAAUGGCACUUACAGCAGCAACAAACCAUUCAGAUGACAGAAGCGGAGAAGCAAGAGCUAGAGAACCAGAGGAUCAUCAAGGAACGUGCUCUUCAAGUUGCUAUGCAACAACUGGAACAGUUGGAACUGGAAAGGAAGCAGGCACUUGAGCAAUAUGAGGGAGUUAAAAAGAAGUUGGAAAUGGCAGCCAACAACACCAAGAGCUGGAAAGAUAAAGUAGCUCAUCAUGAGGGAUUGAUUCGAUUAAUAGAACCAGGUUCUAAGAAUCCUCACUUAAUCACAAACUGGGGACCAGCAGCCUUCACUGAAGCUGAACUUGAACAAAGAGAAAAGAGCUGGAAGGGGAAAAAGGUCACUUCUGAAUAAUCAAGGGAGUUGGAAUGUCUCCCAUGAACAGCAAUAAAGCAUAUUUGAUCAUUUUGUUUUAUACUUAAAAUGUUUUCUACUUCUGUAGUGGUGUAGCAUGUUCAAAGCUACAUGUUGGACCUUUCUAGGAAGCAAGUAUUUUCUGUCUGCUACAUUAUGUAUAUCUAUUCAGGGCCCAGUUACAAUACUAUCCCCAUUAACUGUUGUCAUCUCCUUGAACACAGCUUCCAGAAACUUAUCUAUUUAUACAAAGAACUUUUCUGUUCUUUAAACUACAGAUAUUUUUAUUAAAAUUUUAGUUAUGUAAAUCAGACAUUGUGGCAUAAGGUUAAUAGGUUAUUCUAUGAACAAUCUAACAGCCUUUGACAGGGCAAAUACCAUGGCUUCAAUUUGCAGGAUUUCUAAGGGAAGGAAGUAGUGUUUUGCUUAUCUGUAAUUGUCCAGACAAUGCAGCUUUAAGCCCAGGCUUGAUAAAAUUCUCAGGCUACUGCCCUGACUCUGAACAUGACUUUAUUUCACUUCCUAUCCAUCUUCUGCACCUGCAGCCACGUGUGUGCAGUGAAAAGUGGUAUGAAUGUGGAAAAUGCUAAAGAACUUUGCAGCUAGAUUUCAUUUAACUUUUUAAGAGAUGGGAUAAAAUCUUCAAAUCCUUACUGGGUACCUUUUAAAAAGUCAGGUUAUGACUCGCAGAGAACCUGCAGGCUUGGUUUAGAAACCAGGUGAUGGCUCAUGUUUAUGCAGAUUAGAUGAUUGUCAUAUCCCAUCUAGCCCUGUGGUUUACGGGAAUUAUUAGUACAGCACAGCUGUCUGGUUUUUCACAUAAAACCUGGAUUCUGGGGAUGGGAAUAAUCAACAAAUAAUAGAGUAAAGUGAAUUUCCCAUUUGAUUUCCACCCCCACUUUAAUUAUAGAAUUCAAGAUUCAUAAUGAAAACUUCACCCAACUUUGUUUUGAUCACUUAGUAUUGAAGCCUUCAAAAACUUACUCUGUGGCGUGACUUACAAAUACAAAUACAGCAUUAGCAUUUCUAAUAAUCUACAAAAAAUUCCGAACAAAUCUAGUGCCCACUGUCUGAAAGGUGUCUGUACAGGAAAGUCAAUUUAUUUCUAAUUUUCCUUGGGAAACAUAAUGUGUAACUUCUACUUUGUAAGUAGUUCUUCCACACAAGGGAAAGAAGUCAGUCUGUUGCCACGUACUCACGUUAUACAAAUUUCUGGGGAAACAAGCCACUUAGCGAACAGCAGCUACACAUUUGUCAAGUGGUCUUUCAUGUGCACCAAAUUAUCUUAUAGCUUCUGUUUUUCAUCACCUAAAUAUUUCAUAGUUGGUAGGGUUGGAAGGGACCUGAGCAGGUGAUCAAGUCUGACCCCCUGCCAUGGCAGGAAAAAGUACUGGGGUCAAAUGACCCCAGCAAGGUGUUCAUCUAACCUCCUCUUAAAGACCCCCAGGGUAGGAGCCAGCACCACUUCACUUGGAAGUUGGUUCCAGAUCCUAGCCGCCCUGACAGUGAAGUAGCGCCUCCUGAUGUCUAGUCUGAAUCUACCCUCUGCCAGCUUGCGAACGUUAUUUCUAGUCACUCCUGGUAGCGCUCGGGGGAACAGGGACUCCCCCAAUGCCUGCUGAUCCCCCCUGACUAGUUUGUAACAGGUCACUAGAUCCCCCCUCAGCCUUCUCUUGUGGAGGCUGAACAGGUUCAGGUCCCUUAGUCUUUCCUCGUAGGGCCUGCCCUGCUGCCCCUGAUCAUGUGGGUGGCCCUCCUCUGGACCACAUCCCUCCUGAAGUGCAGUGCCCAGAACUGGACGCAGAACUCCAACUGCGGCCUGACCAGUGCUGCAUAGAAGGGGAGGAUCACCGCCUUGGACCUGCUUGAGAUGCACCUCUGGAUGCAUGACAAGGUGCGGUUAACCUUCCUGACCACGUCCCCAUGCUGUCGGCCCAUGUUCAUUGUGGCAUCAAUAAUGAUUCCAAGAUCCUUUUCUGCCUCUGCACUGACAAGAAGGGAGUUCCCCAGCCUGUAGGUAUGCUGCUGGUUCUUCCUCCCCAGGUGCAUGUUAUUUGUAAGCUUUUUAUAAAACAAAUGUUUGGAGGUUUAUAACAAGCAGAGCAGCUAUGUAUGGAGUAGUGGUACUGUAUGAUUGUUAUGCUAAGAUAUUACAAGAGUAGAAAGUACUUUGGGAAACAGAAAGGGUCUGUAGAACUAGAACUUAUUAUAUUAUUUGCUUAUUACCUGAGACUCAAACACUUAAUACACAGUCAUAGUUUUAUACUAAUAGAAGUCUUUCUAAUGUUUCAGUCUACUGACAUACAUGUGAGUGGUAACAAAUUCCAGAAUCUUGCAUUGUAAUUACUGUACAGGGAAAAAUUCCUUUAGUUUGUUACUAAGCCCUUUUUAUUAAUUGACCUUGGACUUUACUUGUUUACAGAGAAAAAUGUGAAAAAUCAUACUAGAAAUACUAAUGUAACUAUACAUUGUUAAAUUAUGGUAAAGGAGAUGGAACAGUAUCUAUAACUUCCAAAUACUUUUUGCAUGGACAGCAUAAUGUGCAUUGGGCUAAACUACUUUAAUUUUUUGCUAACAGUUUUUUUUUUUUAAGGAAACACCAAAUGAUGCACAUUUUUUGUAUUUUUUACUGUUCUUUAGAAUUGGCUAUUUAAUAAAGUAAUGCAAAAAAGUCAUUUCUGUACAAGCA